GUCUACGACGUCCCUGCGUGUCUCCAACCUGCUCGCUCUCUCGCAGACGAUCUCGACCACCGCCGUGCCAGGGCUCGAUACGAUGGCGCACACAUUGCACGCUGGAUUGUGGGACCAAUGCCACCUUCUCUCUUCAUCGACACCUUUCUUCCUCGCACAUCAGAGGAUCAGUCAGAAUCCCCAAGCAUGAUGCGGGCAUUCAGCAAGGUACCACAGGAGGCAGAAAGCAGCGAGCCGAUCUGUCGGACCAUGCUCGCAGCUCUCAGACACAAGAAACCCAAUCCCUGCCCUGGCUUCGUUUUUGAGAAGACGCCAAUGCCCGAUGUGCACCUCGACGCCUCGGGUCCCACCAAGCCGAGCAUAUCUUGCUACAAGUCGCAGAACCACGGAAGAGUGCAAGGUUCCGACAAAGCCUUGUCUGUCAAGUUCGGCUACACCGAGCUCUUGUUCGACAUCUCCCCACAACCUGCCCACGACUUCUUCGUCGACCCUCCUGCCCGCCUCAAGAGACCUGCCCGCCAGGAGUUCCUCUCGCACUCCGACAGCAAGCGAAAGCAAACGUCUAUCGAAGAACUCUUUGGCCAACACCUGUCUUAUGCCACCGAGGUCUUCGCCCGCCAGCAGCGUGUCUUCAUCUUUACCGUGCUCAUGUAUGGGUCUCUCGCCCGGCUGCUCAGGUGGGAUCGCUCAGGAUGCGUGGUAACGAGAGCCUUGGACGUGCGCGCCGAAGCAGACGUACUCUGCACCUUCCUAUGGCGGUUCUCACAUGCCUCGGACGCUGGUCGGGGUCACGACACUUCUGUGGGGCAAGUCAACUCGGAAGACGAAGCGCUCUUUGCAGACGCCAUUCGAGGAUACGUGCGUUCUCAGAUCGCCGAGGGCGAAGAUCUGGAGCAGGUGGUCAAGCAGCACUACUCCCCGCACCACGUCUACUCGACCCACGUCCUCCAACGCCAGUCCCCUAUGUGCGAAGAGAACACACGGAGGUUCUUGUUCUCUCGACCAGCCGCGAGUUCCUCCUCUGUGACGGGCCGUGGAACUCGGGGAUACUGGGCACUCGACGUGGCCACCGGCAAGGUGGUGUUCGUGAAGGACACCUGGCGUGACAGUCCUCUGGCGGAUGUGGAAGGGGACAUACUACAGCAGCUGAACGAAGCCGGGGUAUCGUUCGUGCCGUCGUUCGUGUGGCACGGGGAUGUCUCCUCCCUCGAUGAAUAUCCGGAAGGGCAGCGGCCACUGCGCAAGGCCGAGAUUCAGUCGACCGUGACUAACACUCUUUGUGAACAAAAGUGGGUCUGUCGCGUCAAUGGAUGUCUCCCACGUAUCUCGCAGCGGCGUCACUACAGGCUAGUGAUGGGGACUGUAGGGAUGCCGAUGAGCACGUUGCGGGGCACUGCAGAACUCCUACACGCAACACACGAUGUUUUCACAGCGAUGCGAGAAGCGUCGGCCAAAGACAAUCGCAUCCAUCGAGACAUCAGCGUGGGGAACAUAGUCCUGGUCAAAGAGGCGGAUGCAGAUAUCCGUCGGGGUUACUUGAUCGACUGGGAAACAUCAUGCAAGAUCAACGAACACGGUGAAGCGAUUGAAGUCGGACGAGUGGGCACGUGGCGAUUCAUGUCCAUACGCGUGCUG